UUACUCUAUGGUCAUUGGUAAAUCGUAAAUCGUAAUGCGAUGAAAUGGUGAUCAUUCAUAAAUCAGGCACAUUACGUCACGAGGGAUCAUUGCUAAAGAGAAUUAAGGAAUUUUGAAACAUAUUAGAAUGCAGUUCUUGAUUCAACACUUUAAUUUCAAGUUUUAUAUAUUUUUGAAUAAAUGUAUUGAAUAUAAAAUCAUCAACCAGAAAUCAAUGACCAAGUGUAGAUAAAUUACGUCAUGUCAUUUCGUUCUUUUCUGUUACGAGCACGUGGUAUGACGCAAUGGCGUGUCAGAUGUUCUACCCUACCCUAGGCUACCUGCCAACGGUUCUGGCAGUCUUAUUAAUAGCCGUCAAGGCAAGGAUAGAAGCGCACAGUACGAGUUGUGGAAGGUUAUCAAACAGGAGAGUUCUCUUGUAUGGUUGCCUAGAGCUCAAGAAAUGGCAAUUGAAACGUCCUUGUCGAUGGCUCAGUUUGACAGCGAGUCAAAUGCAAACAAACUUGUGCGGAAGUCAAAGGAUGCCCCAUUCUUAGUUCUUGGAAUCGCGGGCUGCGCGCUGGCUUGCGGCUAUGGCGCCUACAUGUUCAAGAAGCGCAAUAUACCCAUGUCGCUGUACCUGAUCCAGCUGCGCGUGGCCGCGCAGGGCACGGUCGUGGGCUGCCUGGCGUGCGGCCUGGCCUACACUCUUGCUCGCGACUACAUUUUCAACAAACCUGGACUCACCGACGCCAAGAAGUGACAUGCCGGGGGGGCCUUCCUUCCACUUGAAUGGCUCUGUCGUAGAGCUGUUUGUAGCCUCCCGAUUCCUACCAAGUAGGAGGAUUACAAUAGUCAUGCCAGUCAUGUGUGUCAGAAACUGUCGUGAAGCCAAGACUAGUGCACAUUGAACCAAAACUAGGUAUUUAAACAUUGUGUCUGAGAAUUGAUGUAUAGAAAAUUGCAUUUACAGUGGGUCGAAACAGCAUUGAAUGGGAAUGUAGCACCUAUAUCUAGUCUAUUGAUCAUGUCAUUUUUUUUUGUUGAAAAUUACAUUUGGAUACAUUGAGACGAUUCUCCAAUAAACUUAGAUCUAGACAAAAGGAGAAUUGUAGAUAUCAUUUUGAUAGUUCAGCUGCAAUUAUUCGCUCAAGAACAGAUUGGAUCUAAUGGUUGUUCAUAUUUUUGUUCGUAAAUUCAGAUUUUACUAUUUAUUAAAGAUAUUUUUAAUAAAAGUAACUCUGAACAUAUUUAAUUUGAGAUACUUUUGGAUCUGUAAAUGAGAUUGGCUCUAUAUAUUGAUAAGAAGUGUUUUUUGUAAAUGACCAUUAAUAAAAAUAAAUUUUAAUUUUUGUGAGUUUUGAUUUAGUAUCCUUAAUAACCAAAAUACAAUGUUGGCAAUUAUUUUACCAGAAUUGGCACAAAUAUGUAAAAUAUGUAAAAAAAAAAAAAAUUUAAAUUCCUUUGGACACAGCCUACAGGUGCAGUUAGAGUUUAAAGUAAGUACAUUUUUUUUUCUGUAAUUUUCUUGAAACUAUUAAAUAUUUUUGGAACAUUUUGAGAACUUAAUGUACAUAUCCUGAAUGGCUUUCAAUACGGUACUCCAAAAUCAUCUAGUAAACAUUUACUCAUAUUCCAUGUGGCAAAAAUAUUUUGAACAUUUUUAAUUCAAUGCAUUCAGCAUUGAAUAAAUUAAAAUUAUUUUCACUACUAUACCUACUAAGGUAGGUACGAAUUUUGUUACCUUAAAAAAUAUUUUGUAUUUUACUUUUGUAAGUGGUUGUAUAAAACUUUGUUUUGGACCAAGUUUUAAAAUAAUUUGUAGUAUUACAAUGAGUUAUUAUAAAUUUGAUAGUAAAAAUAAGUUUUGUUUUUUUAAAUUCCAAUUCUGUUUUUUCAACUUCUUGUAGUAAUAGUUACAAACAAAAGUUAUAAAGUUAGGAUUUUUGCAAUAAAUUAUAACGGAUUUAAUUGUUUACCUAAUAAAGUUAGUUCUUUUUGUA